CGGAACUUUUUGCAUCUUAUAAAUCUAUAACUAUAUAAAGACUACUGCUAGGCCGUUUAGAAGAGAUAAUAGACAUUUCCGCCUGCCUCCUUUAUUCCGUUAUAAAUUUUCAACAGCCGGGAAGUCCUCGGCUACAGCACCAAUGGACCUCGCAGCUUGCUACCCUCCAGAGCUCUCCUCCGAGCAGAAGCAGCAUCUAGUUGCUACCAUCAAGGACUGGUGUAUUCAUCAUGGUCUUGCUGUCAGGCCUCCUCCGGCAUUCGUACAAGGAACUUCAGAUCCACAGGGUGUGCUGGCGACCAAUGCUCCGGUGACUCUGUUCCCCAGUCUCUUUCCCCGGUCCUGCUAUGAGGCGGCCGUGUCGGUGCAGGAAACAUACAACCAGCUUUAUGCCUCUAUAACUACGGACACUGACUGGCUGGGAGAGAUAAUCGAGGACCUCGUGGAAGUAGAUGACUUUGUGGCCGGCCUCUGGAAAGUUCAUCUAGCUGUCAAAAAUGAAGGAUAUGUACAGCCUCUCUCACUUGGCUUGUUUCGGUCAGACUACAUGGUCCAUGACCUUUCUGGUUCAUCAAAAGAACCAGUACUGAAGCAGGUAGAAUUCAACACUAUUGCUGCAUCCUUUGGAGGACUAUCAAGCCUGGUAUCUCAGAUGCAUACGUCUCUCCUAUCAUCUCCAACCGGAGAGUCUAUAGUGUACCCGUCACACCCAGCCUUCAGGGGUAACUUACCACCUGAAAAUACCGCUGUUCCUACUCUGGCGGGAGGCCUCGCCGCCGCCCACAAGGCAUACGGUCCCUCCAAGUCUUCUCCAAACCCAUUACCGCUAUGUGUUCUUUUCAUAGUACAGGCUGGAGAAAGGAACCUUUUUGAUCAGAUGGAGCUUGCAACUUGCCUCUCCCAGUCACACAAUAUCCCCGUAUUCCGGGUUACAAGUAAUGAGAUUCUGGAGCUAACCUCUAUUCAAGAAUCUAACCCCGCUAGACCCAUCAUAUAUACCCCAAGAUAUUCUCCAUCCACUCGGUUCGAGGCUACCACUAUUUACCUUCGAGCCUUAUAUGGGCCUCAAGACUAUCCGGAUGAAUCGGCCUGGAGAGCACGAACUCACCUAGAACGCUCGGCAGCCAUUAAAUGCCCAACAGUUCUCAACCAAUUAUCAGGCUGUAAGAAGGUGCAACAAAUACUAGCCACAGCAGUCAGCGGCCCUGAGACGGACUACUUAACCCGAUUCCUUCCUUGCAUAAAUCCUGGCAGAAUACAACAAAUACGCUCUACCUUUGCACCCCAGUAUGAUCUGGCCGAAGGAGGCCGUGGUAGGGAACUCGCCUUGAAUCCUGAAACCGCUGCGCUCCAUGUCCUCAAACCUCAGCGUGAGGGAGGCGGAAAUAACGUGUAUCGUGGCUCCAUACCAUCGUUCCUCAGAUCUAUUCCUGAAAAGGACUGGAAAGGCUGGAUACUAAUGGAACUCAUACAACCUCCCCCGGCUAAGAAUGUUGCACUUCGCAGCGACGGUCAAGUCCUCAGCGGUGAUGUAAUCGGCGAGUUGGGCACGUACGGCACGAUUCUUUGGAACACUAAUGGGGAGACACUGUAUAAUACGCAAGGUGGCUGGCUUAUGAGAACAAAGGCUAAGGAUAGUGAUGAAGGCGGAGUGGCUGCAGGAUUCUCUUCUUUGGACAGCAUCUUACUCGUUUAACGCAUCUGGUGGAAGUAUACAUGAUGCUAGAAUUAUAGACACUUGAUUUAUCUCUGUAAUGUUGCCCUGUCUGUCCUAUCUCCAUGUUGAAUGAAGUCAGCUUAAGGGAGAAGUGAAAAAUCACGAAAAACAGCUACCUAAGACCCCGAAAACCGUCAAAAUUUGAUGCUCACUAUCUAUCCUGAGCAACUGACGAAAGCCAAUUACAUCAAGGUAGGCAAGCAGGUUUCCAUCCAUUCCAUAGACAGGCCUUUCGAAAAGAAUAUCAUUUCAAUAAUGAGUAAAUCACUGGUAGUUACCAGAAAGGCCAAGAAACACAGAUAUCGAGAUAUGGAACAAGGUUAUCUCGACCAUUUCAUCUGGGAAAAUUGAAAUGAUAUAGCGGAGGUAGGGAAAACUCCCAGGUUUGCCUAUGCAUAUUCAGCAUCAAAGAAAUUGUCAAAUGGUCGUCGGUGGGUUAGAAAUUCCGGAUAGCAGAUGAAGGUAGUUAGCAAAAGGGUCGUUUCUCCUCGUCAUCUCGGCGGUAUGAGUAUUCAGGCGAUGAUGGGGGUUGUUUCGGAUUGAAUAUGUACCGCCGCCGUUGAAUGCAGCGGAUAAUGGGCUCCCACGCUGCGGGAGCAGGCCCAAGUCUGAAAGAGGUUCCGAGUCUGAGUCCUGAUUGUCGUCAGAGUCGCCAUCAGACAAAGAAGCAAUAUCCGGGGUUUUCCGUGGGCUAUCCUCGAGCUCAGAAUGAGAUGACAAUGUAGGCCGAGAUUCCUGGGAAGCAAGUGGCCGACAGCAUAUGCCGUCGCAGUCUUCUAGAAGGUCUUGAGUGUCACAGGAAAGAACUAGCUGGCUUUUGACAAAUGGAUUGGUAUACCGCGAUUUUUGGGAUUGCGCCGAAGAACCCACACUCUCACUUCGCAGAGAGGGGGUUUGCGGCAAAGGACCAUUUUUGUUUGGAGAAAUUGAGGAUUUCUGGCUAAUAUUACGACCGCCAGGAGAGUCACUUUUUGGAAGGGGUUUGUCCUCAGAGCCAUCUGCUCCUGUUUCUUUCACCUCGCCCUUUGCGCAGUAUGUGUCUGACUCUUUCUUUUCCAUAACCUUGUCAACGUUGGUUUCAGUAUUGCCACUAGGAGCAGCAUGGGUGAGGUUCUCCUCACUUUCAGUUGCCUUCUCAGCCUGACGUCUUAAUCGAUUCGCCGCUCUCUUGGCCCAAGUUUCAGGAAGAUAUUCUGGUGCUAAGGAUCGCCAGUCGUCUUCCCCUAGAGCAUUGGCGUAAUCCUGGAGUUGGCAGAGGAGCUGAAUGGUUGACUCCAGGCGCUGUCCUGGCAAAUGAGGUCCUUUCUUUCCAUCCAUGAAGGUGUCCAGUGGAUAUCGCUGAGAUGGCCCUCCAUCAAGACGUUUCAUAAGGAGAUGCAGAGGAAACUUUUUGCCAUUUGCACCAGAUGCAUACUCAAUGGCUGUAGUGGUAUUAAAAGAUAUCUGAGACUGAGAUAGGCGCUCAACUCUUUCGACUUCGGCUUUGGUGAUGCCUCCUCGGCGCGUGGUCCAGCAUGAAAGACCAAGAGGGGAGCGGGCUUCGCGUUCACGACGCAUAUUCAAUGCGUUGUCAGAAGGGAUAUCAGCCGGUGGAGCCGUCAUCCGUGCUUUGAUAUCACGAUAAGUAAGGCGAGAAUCGGUCCGCAUCCAGUAUUCAAGCAGCCAGCCUGGAACACGAAUGGAGAUAUACCGCGGAAGAAAUGGGAAAUCUCUAACUGCGUUAGAUCCCUUGGAACUCGGAGCCGCAUCAUCAUCCAUCAAGUGCAGAACAGCAGGUCUAAUAGAGGGUUCUUCUGGUGCUUCUAAACGAAAAAGCAGGGGAGGCAAGUGAGUCGAGUUGUACUUCGAAUGAUAGGGAUGUUCACAGGUGUGAAACAUAUUCGGGGUGUCAUCAUCUGUGCUCGGCCCAUUAGAGUAGUGAAUCGUAUACUCGAGGAUUUUAGUAAGGGUUUACUCACGUUUGCAUGGGCCCUUAGCAGAGGUACGCUCUUGCAGAAGGAUGCCAUCGUUAGUUACAUAAUUCCAAGACAUUCGGCUCGACAAGCUCAAUAAAUCCUUGUAGAAAAUAUCAACUGAUUUGGGAACCUCUCUUACCAGAUGGAGCGAGAAUUGAUGAUCCUGCAUCUUCCAGGGUAUUCUCAGCCAUUGGGAGCUUCUGUAGUCCAAGUGCUGUGCAAAUGUAGGAAUGCUAAAAGAUGGAUCAGUUGGUUGAAAGACAGUGUCACUCCUAAGAGAGAAGAAGGAUAAUUCCUUUGGCCUCUUGAAUGUGGGAGGAAGAAGCAACACAUGCUUAGUCGUAAAUUUGUCUGUUCUAUUGUCGUCCAAAGUGCGUUUCCUAGAAGAAUAAUGAAGAGAAGAUAGCAAAAUAUAAAAGACAGCUCAUUGUCUCACUACUGUGGCCCUAAAUUGUGGCUACUUAACCUUGUUUCUCCCUUAUUUCCUUCAAUAUUUCAUGAUAUAUGAAUAGUUAGAAAAAUACCUAUUGAGAAAGGGUAAGGGAUAAGUGAGUGUAUAUGAUAAGGGGAGGGUAGAAAUAAAAUUUAAGUGUUGCAUCUGUCUCUUUAAAUA